AUUGUCCAAAAAGUGCAUUAACUCCUCAUACUCCAGAUGGGAGAGGGGCGGAAACAUUCCCAAACCCCCACAAGACAAGAGCCCUUUUCACGGAUCCAGAAUUUGUUUUGUAAGGAAACUUUACAGACCAGCAAAAGAAAAUGAUAACAGCUGAACCCGAGGCUGAGGCGGCGGUGUCUGUGGAGGCUGCAGCCCGGAGCCCCAGCGACUCAGGCGAGGCUGGAACAUUAGUGGAAGUUUCUUUCCAGAAGAACCCCCGUCAUAAAUACAAAUACCUGGAGGGAGAACCCAAGAUUUUAGGGAUCACGGAGAUCGCGAUUACAGUUUUCUUUAUUGGUUGGAGAAUUUCAUUUUAUCUUGAAGCAUAUGCGUGGACUACAAACACAACCAUUCUGCUCUCCAGUAUUGGCAUAAUUGCUGGCAGCGUGGCGAUAGCAGCUCAGAAUCUCCACCUACCAACACUUAAGGCUUGUUUGGGAAUGCAAGUCGUCACAUCUGUGGCAUAUUUUGUCUGUAUUAUCAUCACUCUUAAUGAGCAACAUUUCCACCCUGGUCGCUGCUGGACUUACUUCGACAAUUACCAUGAACAAAUACCAAGCAACAGCACAUGUUUACAUACUGAGAAGCUGUUCAAUCAACUGAUUUUGUUAGACGAGCUUUUGGAGACGGUUCAGAUAGUUCUGGCUAUUACAUUAGCCGCAUACUGCUGCAAGGUGAUUCCAUGCUGCUCUCCCAGGUCUAACGUGCCUGUUAUUGUUAUGACGCCACCUGCAGCUUCCGAAUGAAUGCGAGAGUGUGUAUAUUAUACACUUACAGUAAUACUUUAUACCACAGUCAAAUAUAUCACUAACACAAGUCAUGUAUUACCAGUAUGUAUCUUAAACAGUGUUACAGGACAAAACAUACCAAUACAUGUUUUUGUACCCUUUUUUUAAAUGUAGCUAUCUUAAUACAGUCCUAAUAUGUUAGUUUACUUAAAAAUUGUUAACAUUUGAUUUAGUGUUACAAUUUAGUAGCCUGGCCAGAGGAGGAUUCCCUCUGAAUUGUACCAAAGACAUUUGAAUUAAAGGCACAAUAUGUACAUUUCUUUUCAUUAAAAUAAUCAAAAAACCACUACAUCAA